AUGGAUGCAAAGCCAGUUGGGGGCAGCUGCUAUCCUUGCCCAGGUGCCGGACAUGGAUCUGACCUCGCUUUCCUCUUUGAGAACCCCUCGAAGAUCGAUGUGGACGGGAAAGUCGUGCAGGGGGCUAAGCUGACAGAUCGUCUUCAGGGAGCCUACACGAACUUCAUUUGGUAUGAAGGGAAUACCACAGAGAAUAUCGCAGAUGCACAUGAGUCUCAGGAGGAUAGCCGCCUUAAUGUGCUGCUGCCGGAUUGGUAUCCUUAUGAUCCUGAGCGUGGCAAUGCCAUGCGCUUUGACGCUGGCGUCAGCCAAGAGGUGGAGCACUACCGUGCCGAAGAAUGCGACUUCUGGGAUGAACAGGAGAAGAUGCGCUGA